GCAGCCGGUGCGGCCAUGCGGCUGCUGCCGCUGCUCUGCUGCGCGGCUCUGUGCCUCCCCGGUCGUGCGGUUACCCGGCCGGUGCGGGGACCCGGCACCGUGGUGGGGUACAUCGGGGGGUCCCUCUCGGUGUCCUGCUUCUACCAGGAGAGGUACGAGAAGUACCCGAAAUACUGGUGCUACCCUGGGACGAUUAAGAGCUGCUCGUAUAACACCCACCUCGUCAUCACGUCGGAGCAGCAGCCCUGGGCUCAGUGGGGCCGAAGCUCCAUCUGGGACAACCGCACGGCGCGGGUGUUCACUGUGACCGUGAGGGACCUGACUGCGGGGGAUGCGGGCGCCUACCGCUGCGGGGUGCGAACACACCUAUGGCAGAUGGAUGUCGCCGAUGAGGUGCGGGUCAUCGUGUUGCCAGGUCCUACCUCAGCAUCACCCUCCACAUCAGCCAUUACCCCUGGCCCCAUUUCGGGCCCCACAUGUACGCCUUCCCAGCAGGAAACUGCAGAGCAGACCACACACCCCUCUUCCUCUGGAGACCUCAGUGAAGGGCAGUUGGACGUAGUCAUGGGCAUCCUCAUCCCAUGCAUCGCGGUGGUUCUGUUUUUCCUCACACUUGCUGCUACCGUUUUGGUAAUUCUGUCCUGGAAGAGGAAGAAGGCCCUCGCAGGAGCACCCAUCGAGAUGGGCAGCACUCGUGGCACAGCUGACGCGGAGGUGCUGCAGUACGCGGAUAUCAGCCACGUGGGCACGGAGCAGAGCCAUCCGUACAGCAACGUCAGGGCUGCCCCUGCAUCCCCACAGGCAGCCACUGAAUAUUCCGAGGUCAAGAAGCCGUGGCAGGAUUUAAAAGGGAGUACAGAGAGCCUUUAUGUACAGGUGUGCAAAAUCCCUCCCGAGGAGCAGGAACAGCUCUAUGCCAACAUGGCUCCCAGGCAGCAGAGUGCAGCACAGUGAGGAUGGGGAGCCAGCACUGCUGUCUGCUGGGAGCUGCUUGGGACACUGAGACCCACUCGGGGGCGUCAGGACAGUGUGUGGGGCAGCCAGGAACCGGCUGCAUGUCAGAGCUGCUGCUUUCCUAGGCUGCGCUGCUUCUUUGGUACCAAGACAGGCGGAGGUUGAGCAAGAGGCGACAACGUCACUCCCUGCGUUCAGAGACCUCGUGCCCCACGUGGCAACCGUGCUGGGAGCAGAAAAUGGUCCCUGCACUUGUGCGGCCCCUGCUGGGAGGGCGGCCGGCAGCGAUGCUCCCAUUCGUCCCGCACGGCCGCUGGGAAACAGCCGCUCACAUCCCCGCGCUCCCCAGGGCGGCUCCGUGCCCCAAGGCCCCGCUGGGAGCGCACCCUGACGGGCCGCGGCUCAGCCCCCCCCCCUCAGCCCAUCAUUCACUCCCGGGCGCCCACUCGACG